UUCAAGCCUCUGGGGCUGCGCUCGUGUUUAGUUCCCUCUCAGAGUCAAAGGAAGGAUUGAUUCCUUUGGGAAGAGACACAAAUCACUUCUAUUUGAUCAAGAGGGCUAAGGAUACAGCCUACUCUUGAUUUACCCACUUUUUGUUGUUGUUUCCUGACAAAGAAAAAUCCGAAAAAAAGAAGACAAGAGGAGAAAAGUUGUUAGGUCAUGAUGACAUUUGAUAUGAGAUCUGCUUGAUCGCACCAGCUGCUCGCAGGAAACAAUAUCAUCACACAACUUUGCGUCUUGGUGACACCGGGAUCUGUCCUGGUUUUCAAACUCCUUCCCAUCUGAGCUGCCUCUCUCUCUCUCUCUUUCUCUCUCUCGCUCGCUCUCUCUCUCUCUCUCUCUCUCUCUCUCUUACGCACGAGAGGUGGGCACCUGAGAACACUACCAACGGGAAGAGAGUGCGAGAGAUCCCGGUUUCAUGUUUGGGAUUCAGGAGAGCAUCCAAAGGAGUGGGAGUAUUUUGAAAGAGGAGCCCAUCGGAGCCGGCAUGAACGCAGUCCGAACAUGGAUGCAAGGCGCCGGGGUGCUGGAUGCGAACACGGCCGCGCAGAGUGGAGUGGGUCUGGCCCGGGCGCACUUCGAGAAACAGCCGCCCUCCAACCUUCGCAAAUCCAACUUCUUCCACUUCGUUUUAGCGCUUUAUGACCGACAAGGACAGCCGGUGGAAAUUGAGAGAACCUCUUUUGUCGGAUUUGUGGAAAAAGAGAAGGAGACUACAGGAGAAAAGACAAACAAUGGCAUACAUUACAGACUGCAACUUCUCUACAGCAACGGCAUCAGAACGGAGCAGGAUUUUUAUGUAAGACUAAUUGACUCCAUGACUAAACAGCCCAUCAUCUAUGAAGGUCAAGACAAGAACCCGGAGAUGUGCCGCGUUCUCCUGACUCAUGAAAUCAUGUGCAGUCGUUGUUGUGACAAAAAGAGUUGCGGGAACCGAAACGAGACACCCUCCGAUCCCGUCAUCAUCGACAGGUUUUUUCUCAAGUUUUUCCUGAAAUGCAAUCAGAACUGCCUGAAGAAUGCAGGAAAUCCCCGGGACAUGCGACGCUUUCAGGUGGUUGUGUCGACAACAGUGAGUGUAGAAGGACACGUUCUGGCUGUUUCAGACAACAUGUUUGUGCACAACAACUCCAAACAUGGCAGAAGAGCUCGGCGACUGGACCCAUCAGAGGGGACGCCGUCAUAUCUAGAGCACGCUGCACCUUGUAUUAAAGCCAUUAGUCCCAGUGAAGGCUGGACAACAGGAGGUGCUACUGUCAUCAUCAUUGGAGACAACUUCUUUGACGGACUGCAGGUCAUCUUCGGCACCAUGCUGGUCUGGAGUGAGCUCAUCACACCUCAUGCCAUCAGAGUUCAGACCCCUCCUCGUCACAUCCCUGGGGUGGUAGAGGUCACGCUCUCCUAUAAGUCCAAACAGUUUUGCAAAGGCACACCAGGAAGAUUCAUCUAUACAGCCCUGAACGAGCCCACCAUAGACUACGGUUUUCAGCGGUUACAGAAGGUGAUACCUCGACAUCCAGGAGAUCCUGAACGCUUGCCAAAGGAAGUGAUUUUGAAGAGAGCAGCAGAUCUGGUGGAAGCACUUUAUGGAAUGCCCCAUAACAACCAGGAAAUAAUUCUAAAGCGAGCAGCAGACAUUGCUGAGGCCCUGUACAAUGUGCCACGAAACCACAACCAGCUGACCGGCCUCACCAACAGCUCCGUCCAUGCAAGCAUGAUGGGAGUGAACUCCUUCACUGGACAGCUCGCCGUGAACGUCUCGGAGUCGUCUCAGGGUGGAAACCAGGGUUUCAGUCGUAACACGAGUAGCGUAUCACCGCAUGGCUAUGUGCCCAGCUCCACCCCUCAGCAAAGCAGUUACAGUACGGUAUCCACCAGCAUGAAUGGCUACGGCAACGGCGGCAUGACCAACCUGACUGGCUCCCCGAGCUUCCUGAACGGCUCUGCCGCCAACUCGCCCUACGCAAUCGUCCCCUCCAGCCCCACUAUGGCCUCCUCCACCAGCCUGCCCUCAAACUGCAGCAGCUCGUCUGGAAUCUUCUCCUUCUCGCCGGCAAACAUGGUUUCAGCUGUGAAACAGAAGAGCGCAUUCGCUCCAGUCGUUCGACCCCAGUCCUCACCUCCACCGACAUGCACCAGCACCAAUGGGAACGGUCUCCAAGAUCAGUCUUUUGUCGACUCUAACAAGUACUCCACAGCCAGCGCACUCCAGGGCCUGGCCUUCUCCUGAAUUAUCCCUGGAAUGAUCGUUCCUCCCAUGUAGGUGCGUGUGUGUGUGCGUGUGUGUGUGAGUGUGUGUGCGCGUGUGUGUUUGUGUGCAGACAGAAAGAUGAAACAUGCUCUUUCAUGCCACUGGUCUCACUGAACGUGUGCAGAAAACUCCGGCGCUGGACUGACCUCGCGGUCCUGUUCUGAAGGAUGAAAAACUACAAACUCAGGCCCUUUUUAACACAAUCUGCUUUGAAACAAAAAGAUAUAGAGGAAGAAUGAUACGAGUAAAAAUAUUGAACUGAACUGUUGUACCUCCCUGUUUUGAUGUUGAAAUUUGUACUCACCUUCUAGACACUUUUUAAGAUAAGGAGCGACAGCACAGACGACGCUCACCCGCGCCAUCUACACUAUAACAUGAGAGGUCUAUUUAUUUUAAAAACGUAGUUAUUGAUUUGCCAUCAUAUUUGUGUGUUUCUGUGUGUACCACCCUUUUAUGAAAUGAUACCUGACACGAUAUUGCAGUGGUUUCUAUUUAUGAUUUUAGAUGCUAAUGAAGGAUUGCAGGUGAUUUUUGCGCAGUAAUGUCCCACUGAAUUUGCUAAAUUGCUUUUGAAUUUUGAAGAAAUUUGGUCAAUCAAGUCUACAAAAUGUGCCAGCAAUGUGAAUUUAUAUUUAAACUGUGGCAGCGAAGAUAUUAUUUAUGCCUUUUUUUACCAUGGUUAAAAACCAAUUUGUAAAUGCCAAAGGGAGAAAUUCGGUUCCUUUGCAUUGUUACUGUCAUGUCCUGAUUUUCACACUCAUAUUCCAUUUGCUGAGAUUAUGCUGCCUUCAGGUCUUCGAAAAAAUAUUUUUGUCAUAUUUUGACAUAAAAAAACAUAUUUCUCUCUCUUUUCUUUUUACUUAUUGUGAAGUAUGAAAGCUUGUUUCCACCACGGAACACAAAAAAAAUAAUAAAAAAAGGUAAUUGCGAAUUCUUUUUUUUUCCUGCAAUUGCGAGUUUAUAUCUUGCCAUUAUGAGAAAAGUCAGAAUUGUGAGUUACAGAGUCAGAAUUGUCUGCUGAUUUUUCUCUCGCAAUUGUUUAUAUCUCACAAUUCUGACUUGUUUUCUCACAAUUGCAAGUUUAUCUUUCGCAGUUCCUACUUUUUCUCAGAAUUGUGAUAUAAACAAUUGUGAGAAAAAUCAGCUGACAAUUCUCAGCUGACAAUUCUGACUUUUCUAACUUGCAAAUGUAAGUUUAUAUCUCGCAAUUUUGACUUUAUAACUCGCAAUUGUGAGUUUAUAUCUCGCAAUUCUAAAUGUAUAACUUGCAAUUGUGUUUAUAUCUCGCAAUUCUGACUUUAUAACUUGCAAUUGAGUUUAUAUCUCGCAAUUCUGACUUUGUAUCUCACAAUUCUGACUUUAUAACUCGCAGUUGUGUUUAUAUCUCACAAUUCUGACUUUGUAACUCACAAUUGUGAGUUUAUCUCACAUUUCUGACUUUAUAACUCGCAAUUGUUUAUAUCUCACAAUUCUGACUUUAUAACUUGCAAUUGUGUUUAUAUCUCGCAAUUCUGACUUUGUAACUCACAAUUGUGAGUUUUUCUUGCAUUUCUGACUUUAUAACUCGCAAUUCUUUAUAUCUCGCAAUUCUGACUUUACAACUUGCAAUUGAGAGUUUAUAUCUUGCCGUUAUGAGAAAAAAGUCAGAAUUGCAAGUUACAGAGUCAGAAUUGUCUGCUUAUUCUUCUCUCGCAAAUUGUUUAUAUCUCACAAUUCUGACUUUUUUUCUCGCAAUUGUGAAUUUAUAUUUCGCAAUUCCUACUUUUUUCUCAGAAUUGUGAUAUAAACUCACAUUUGCAAGUUAGAAAAGUCAGAAUUGUCAGCUGAUUUUAUCUCACAAUUAUGUUUAUAUCUCACAAAUCUGACUUUAUAACUCGCAAUUGUGUUUAUAUCUCACAAUUCUGACUUUACAACUUACAAUUAUGAGUUUAUAUCACAAAUUGAGAAUUGCAAAAUAUAAUAUAGGAAUUGCAAAAUAUAAACUCGCAAUUGCGAGGAAAAAAGUCAGAAUUGUGAGUUUAUAACUCGCAAUUCUGACUCUUUUUUUUCUUCUCAGAAUUAUGAGAUAUAAAGUCUGAAUUGAAGUCACAGUUACCUUUUUUAUUUUUUAUUCCCUGGUGGAAACAAGCUUCCAUACACUUUUUUGUACCAAUUCAACAACAUUAAAAGCAAAAGGUGCUUGUAAGCCGUGUACCUGAUGCUUUAUGUUUUUUUUAUAUUGUUUUGUCGCACAAAAGUAGUGUUUUAGGUUUAGUUUUAUUGCCAUUCUUGAUCACUAGCACACAAAAUGCAUUCGAAAUAUUCACAGUCAGUUUUCACAGUUAUUAAGAUCAAUACCAAUUUGCUUCCACAGUGAUUUUUAAUGGACACGACCCUAUCUCGGAAAGACAUCAGGGCUUAAAGAAAAGAAUCUAAAGUUUCUCACUCAAGUAUGAUCAUUCCGACAUGACUUGAAGGCAACAUUUGGCAUUUCAUUCUCAUCUUUACCCAGUUUUCUCAUUGUGUAACAUCAAAAUGUAUAGACCAAACACGUACCCAUAAGAUAAAAUAGUCAAAGACAAGUACACAUUACAGUAUAUACAGAGACAAGGCGGUCAAAGCCCAAACUUUCUAAAGCGAUUGCUGCCUCCUUUUUAUAUCUACUCUCUAUGGAGGACUUGUUUUUGUGGAGUGUGGACAACAAAAACGCAAAUUAUCAGUGAGUUUUAUGCCAUUUUAAAGACCUUUUUCCUUUUAAUUUGUUUGUGUUGUAGAAAAACCGAUAACUUUUAUUGUUUAGUUUGCGAUGGACUUCCUCCAGUAGGCAUAUAUUGUUCAGACUGAAGGAUCAAGGCGAUUAAGUAUUUAAUGCUUGUUGGAGCCGUUUUGCUUUUCUUGUAGAUCUAGUUUUCAUUGGAUUCAAGCGGUUUCACAACACAGCUCUGAAAGUCCUCAAAACCAACACUGAAAUCGAUUAAAAUGACCAUUAAAUUAUAACUAUGCACAUUAAAUGAUUAAUAGCAUUUUAUUCUUUUCAUUUAACAUUUCCCCCCCCUGCUGUCCGUGACCCCUGCCCCCCCAUCAGAUCAGACCUGUCGCCCCAUUUGUGGGCCACUACGGAUGUAGAUCAGUCUGAUUGUAUGGUCCGGACAUGAGGGGUUUGGAUGUCACGGCACAGUCGGCACUGUGAAAGCUCUGCACCCCUCUCAUGAAUGAUCAAAGAUCUAGAUGAAGACAUUACUUUGGGUUUUAACUUGUAUGCUUAGUUUGUACAGACUGAUACAUAUGUUUGAUUUUGUAAUUCUCUUUGAUUUUGCCAAAGUCAUUGUUUUAAAUAUAUUUAUACAUCAGAAUGGAGUCAUAAGGCAGCUUUAUACAACCUAGUGUCACUGAUAUAAUGUUUACGACAUACUUAGCAGAUCUCAUUGGCUUUAGCUCUGAGGUUUCAAUGAUCACGAAGGGAUAUAUGUAGGAUAUCCAUAAGAAUAUUGUAUGUAUUGCUUGAAAUUGUACAUGCUUCAAACUGUCUUCAUGUUUGUGUGUUUUCGCUCAUCGUUUGGCGAUGAUCUUGUUUCUAUUUUGUCAUCUGCCAAUUUGUGUCCAUAAAUGUGAUUUUGGAAUUUUAUGUGAAUAGUAAUUUUGUAUGUCAAAGAGCGACCGCGUUUUUUUUUUGUUUUUGUUUUUUGUUUGUUUUUUGUCCAUUCGCACAGAGCGAUUGGGUUUUUUUCUUUAUGAAAAUGUGUUGUUAUACCAUUUUGUUUCAGAUGGCAAGAUUUGUUAAAUAAUAUGUACUUUUAAUGCAAUGAAGUUUGAGAAUAUAUUCACCAGGUAAACGAUAUAAUAAUCUUUUAAUUUUGCCUCUCUGGAACUUAGAGAGAAAAGGAUAGUUAUUAUUUUAAUGCUCAGCAAAUAUACAGAAAUAUCUCCCUCUUUUUGUAUAUUUUCCCCCCUUUUUAAAGGGAAAAUAAGACACAAAUCUGUUCCUGUAGCUCCCUUGUCAAAAAUUCUACAAUCUUUGUUUUCUCAUGGAAGUGUACCAACAAUCAAAUGUCUUAAUGCAGAUUUCUCUUUUUUACAUUAUUUAUUUAUUUUUAAAAAAUGUAUUUAGAUUGUUUGGGUAGAAAAAAUAAAUUAACAAGUCAACUAUGGAGUAACAGCACAAGAGUCUAUACAGUUAUUCGCUCGUACAUGUCAUUCCAUGACGCUCCUCUCCACUGUCACGUCUUAAUGAGUUUCAUCCCAUUCUUGUUUCAGUGCAUCACAUCACAAAACUUUCCUGCGUAUGUUUUUUAAACAACUACGUCAGUUUAUGUGGCUUUCCCCAUUAUUUAAGUGGGCAUCAAUUACAAAGUUAUCACUUGAGUUAUUAAUUAUUAUGCCACACAUCCAAAAGAAGUCUGCUACUAUUUUUCCUGUUGAUUGCAUACUUGUUGUAGACUGGACUUUCAGUGGGCAGUUAUUACUGGUGAAAAAUAUAAAAAGAAACUACUGUAAAGAUGAUCAUUUUUUAAUUACCUUUGAGCUGUAAAAUAACUUUUUGACUUUCACAAUAUUUAAUUAAAGUUUCUCUUGUCUGUGAA